AUGUCUCGCGGCUUACCUACCACACAAAUCGAUGCCGAAGAUGGGCUCGCACCCCCAGUAUCAUCCGAUGGUUCGAGGGAUAAGGAGAAAGUUCUGGAUCAACGGCAAUCGGCCGCAUCAUUCCAAGAACAAGAGAACAGUCCUACAGAACAACCUGAACAGCUCAAGAGGCACCUGCAAGGCCGCCAUGUACAAAUGAUUGCUAUUGGUGGUGCUAUUGGAGCUGGCCUUUUCGUGGGUGCCGGAUCUGCCUUGUCAGUCGGAGGGCCAGCAUCUCUGCUUAUAUCCUUUAUUAUUGUUGGCAUCAUGAUGUAUCUCAUGAUGCAAGCUUUGACUGAGCUGGCCGUUCUCUAUCCCGUAAACGGCGCUUUUUACACUUAUAUAGUGCGUUUCAUUGAUCCAUCGUGGGGCUUUGCAAUAGGCGCAGAAUAUGCGUUUCAAUGGCUUUGUCUUCUUCCAUUUGAGAUAACGGCGGCUGGAAUCACGAUUUCAUUUUGGAGAGACGACAUCAAUAUCGGUGUCUGGAUUGCUGUGUUCCUUGUCACGGUGUCUCUGAUACAAUUGUUCGGAGUUCGUGGAUAUGGCGAAGCUGAGUUUGUCUUGAGCAUGAUCAAAAUGGUAGCAUGCAUGGGCUUCAUCAUUCUCGGAAUUAUCAUCAACUGUGGGGGUGUGCCAACCGACGACCGUGGCUAUAUCGGAGCUCGGUACUGGCAUGACCCUGGCGCUUUCCGUAACGGCUUUAAAGGGUUCUGUUCAGUCUUUGUGACAGCCUCAUUUGCCUUCGGUGGCACGGAGAUGACCGGACUUGCCGCAGCGGAAACGGCAGAUCCACAAAAGCAAAUCCCCAAGGCAGCGAAACAAGUCUUCUUCCGCAUUGCCUUCUUUUACGUCGUGAAUCUCUUCAUUUUGGGUCUCAUCGUCCCAAGCGACAGCGAUGUACUACUCGGUUCCAGUGGCGCAAACACCAAAGCAUCGCCGUUUGUUCUCGCCAUCGAAUUAGCAGGAAUCAAGGUUCUCCCUACGAUUUUCAAUGUUGUCAUCACCAUAUCGGUUCUAAGCGUGGCAAAUUCUGCCAUGUAUGCAUCGACACGCACGUUUCAGGCCAUGGCUAUGUAUAAAAUGAUGCCCAGCUCUUUCGGCUAUGUAGAUAGCCACGGCAGACCGGUCGUGACCAUCGUCUUGCAAAUUCUCUUUGGCUUGCUCGCUUUUAUCAACGAGAAAACAUCAAGCGGUGAAGUUUUAUUCUCGUGGCUUUUGGCACUUACUGGCGUUUCAUGGUACUUCAUCUAUGGGAGCAUAUGCGUUGCACACAUUCGUUUUAGAAGUGCGUGGAAGUUCAACGGUCACACACCGAAAGAGUUACCUCACCAAGCAACAUUUGGAGUGUGGGGAAGUUAUGUUGGGGUUUUUCUGAACUUCAUUUGCCUUUGUGCACAAAUAUAUACAGCUCUAUGGCCUCCGAGCGGAGCGAGUCCCAACGCAAAAACAUUCUUCAAUGCGUGUCUUGCCCUGCUAGUCAUUUUGGUUCUGUACAUAUUCUGGAAAGUUUACAGUUGGUUCAAGCACCCUGAGCACAGGCCCAUGUACGUUAAGAUCAAGGACAUUGACGUGUAUGAGGGGUUGCGAGAUGGAUGGAAUGCUGGAUCAGCUGUCGAAGAGACGCAGCAGAAGAAGGGCAAAGUCAUGCGACUGCUGUCAUGUUAG